AUGUAUGCGAAUCAAGAAUUACGUAAUUAUUGUCGAUCAGCUGAAGAUCUUAUGACUGAUUUUCAACAACUUGUUGCUCGUUACGAAAUCAACCAUGCAUUUGCUACAAAAUUACGCGUCCUUGAAGGCUAUGAAAUAGUAUUUAUCUGUGAUGAUUCAGGUUCGAUGAAUACUCCGCUUGGUGACGUUUCUGGUCCUUUCAAUAAAAUGUCAUCUCGAUGGGAUGAAUUAAAACAAGCAGUAUCAAUUGUUGUUGAUCUAGCUAGUGUUUGUGAUCCCGAUCGCGUGAGGGCAUGGUAA